AGUUGUGAACCCAUUAACAUUUAUUGACACACUCUCCACAAUGAAGAUGCUGCUGAGUUUGGUUGUUCUGCUUUCUGUUUUUCUGUUGAUUAGUUCAACUCCUCCAACCUGCUACUCAAGGAUUCUGUCUUUGAGCAAAGAAAUCAUGACAUCAUUUAAGAAUUUACAGAACACUGAACCUGUGGACCCCUGUGUGGAGAUGCUGCCCAAGCUCUACUUGGACAUACAUAAUUAUUGUGUGUUGGCAAAACUCCGUAACUUUGUGGCAUACCCUGCAUGCCAAAGAGUGCCACAAGUGAGUACUCUGAAGGAAAAGAUCCGGAGCCUGUACACCAUUAUGAUCUCCUUCUGCAGGAGGGACUUAGUGUUCCUUACUGACGAUUGUGAUGCUUUGGAAAUCCCUAUCCUGACUCCGACUGAUCCCUCUGUCAUUCAGAGCUAAGAGAGAGUCAGACCACAGGAAGUACCUGGGAUGGUUUAAAGAAAGCCAAGAGCCACCCAAAAAUGCAAUCAACUACAACAUUUACAACCUUGUUCUUUUUCAAGCACACCGGCCCUAUUAUCUCAGACCCAUGUUUCUCAGCCUUGGCAGGAAACGAUCUGCAUGCCUUACAUACCUAUCAAGCUGCUAGCGAAACUAUGGUUAGAAAGCAUUUUAGUCAUUUGAUGUUUUCAGUUUAGAGCAAGUUAGAAAGUAUGUUUUGUUUGAUCAGAAA